CUUUCACUGCUCACCAUUUCGCGUCCUUGCCUCGCCAUCUCGCCGUCGCGGGCGCCUGUUUUUCGCCUCCCUCCCCCCAUCUGCCAGACUGCCACGCACCUUUGCACAAAGAAAGGCGCCCCGAGGUACAGUACAGGUAGAGGUAGAGCCGACAGCCGAGCGAGCCCGGGAGCCGAACACCUCCACCAGCAGCAAAAGCACCACCACCACCAGAACCGAGCGCACAAAAGCGCGCGGCCGGGACGCGGGAGAAAGCAACGGGCAGCCUGUACUGCCGGCUGCUGCAGCUACCCUUUCAGUCCCAAUUCCAGCCCCCGGCCAGGCGCUCGCAAAGUGCGGGAGCCGCCCUCUUCGCUCGUGGGCUCUCUCUCUCUCUCUCCGCGUUCUCGCUCCAGGUCGUGUACGAUCCGCCAGUACGUACGGGCCCCGGCGGCGCUCGUGCGCGGGCGACAACAUGUCCUCGGCGGCGGGCGGUGGAUACGGGGCCGGCGGCGCGGAGCAUCAGCACCUGUUGCUGGGGCAGGCCGCGGGCGCGGGGCAGCUCUACCACGUGCCGCAGCACAGCCGCCGCGAGAAGCUGCGGUUCCCGCCCGACGACGCGGCCGACUCGCCCCCGCCCACUGCCUGGCCGGCGCCCCCACCCUUCUACUCCUACGCUUCCUCGUCGACAUCGUCCUACUACUCGCCGCAUAGCCCCACGCUGGCGCACGCGCAGCUAGUAGCACACGCGCUACCUGCGGGCGCCGGGGUCCAGAUCCCGAGCCAGAACUUCGCGCUCUCGCUCUCUUCGGCGCCCUCGAACCCUCCGCCCGCGCCGCGGAGGCAGCUCGCCGCGGGGGUAGCCACGGGGCCGUACGGCCCGUUCACGGGCUACGCGGCCGUCCUCGGGCGGUCCAGGUUCCUGGGCCCCGCGCAGAAGCUGCUCGAAGAGAUCUGUAACGUCGGCGGACGGCCCCCGCACCUGGACCCUCUCUCCGACGAGGGUAUGUUCGGCAUGGAGCAUGGCAUGGGCGGCGUUGACCGCGCUACCGCUGAGGCGGUCGCUGUCUCCGGCGCCGAGCAGCAGUGGAGGAAGACCAGGCUCAUCUCCCUCAUGGAGGACGUUUGCAGGCGAUACAAACAAUACUACCAGCAGCUGCAAUCUGUGAUCUCCUCGUUUGAGACGGUUUCGGGGCUGAGCAACGCCGUCCCCUUUGCUUCCAUGGCUCUUCGGACAAUGUCUAAGCAUUUCAAGUUCCUGAAGGGGAUGAUAAUGAGCCAAUUACGGAACACAAGCAAGGUCGCUGCCAGUGAUGGUAUUGGCAAGGAUGAUAUGGCGAACUUUGCGCUUAUGGGUGGUGGAGCAGACCACCUGAGGGGAAACAGCGUGAACACGUUCAGCCAGGCUCACAACAUUUGGAGGCCUCAAAGAGGGCUUCCUGAGCGUGCAGUGUCUGUUCUUCGCUCAUGGCUGUUCGAGCACUUCCUACAUCCGUACCCAACUGAUAGUGACAAGCAGAUGCUGGCUAAACAGACAGGCCUAACUAGGAACCAGGUGUCAAACUGGUUUAUCAACGCAAGGGUGCGGCUCUGGAAGCCCAUGGUGGAAGAGAUCCACAACCUGGAGAUGCGGCAGCAGCUGCAGAAGAACACGUCGGCGGUGGACAAGACCCAACUCGGCAUGCAGCAGCUGAUCCAGCACUCGUCGGCAAACUCCCGGCAGCGGGGGCAAAGCAGCGGCGGCACGACGAGAAACCAAGACGAGCUGCCCCCGCGGAUGCCCCACGACAUGGCAGGCCAGGGCCAGCAGCAGCAGCAGCAGGUGAGCUUCGCUUACGCUGGGCUCCCCGCGCACCACCACGGCCUCGCGCUGUCGCACCCCCAGCAGCAAGCGGAAGCGGUCAGCGCCGUCGGCGGUGGCGUUUCGCUCACGCUGGGCCUUCACCAGAACAACAACCGGACCUACGUCGCCGAGCCUCUCCCGGCCGCGCUCCCGCACCGUUUCGGGCUGGAGGACGUGAGCGACGCCUACGUGAUGCAGGGGACGACGUCGUUCGGCGGCCAGGACCGCCAUUUCGGCAAGGGGAUGGGCGGCCACCAUUUUGUGCAUGACUUGGUCGGCUGAUCUCGUUCUUGCGACUGUUGUCGGCAUGCAUUGUAUCAUACUAUUGUUAGGGGCAGCACAGGCACGCACAGUGGAAGAGACCAGAAUAUUUGACAGUGUGGAUGAGGGCUAUAGAGGGCACGCAUGGCCCGUAGCGUUGAAGAUCUGUUCCAGUUGUAUGUAGAGUUGAUGAGCCCUAUUUGUUCUAAUCCCAGCUGGCCAAGUCGUGUGUUGACACAUGUACCACUAUUUUUCUCUGACAUGAAAUUGUGAAGUGGAGUUUGGAAACAGUGGCUAGUUCUUGCUCCUGAAGGCUG